AGAAUCAUUUUUCCUCAAAAUGGGUAGCUCUGUGUCUGUAGUGGAUGCGCCGGCCUUCCUGAGGCCUAGCGGGAGCGCAGUGCCUGUGCGCAGCAGUGCAGGCAGUGCAGCACCCAGAACGCCAAGGCAUGUUGCCAGGUAUGUCCACAGACCGUCUUCAAGCCCAGUGCCAAAGGGUGCACUUGUCCUUGGCCUUCUCGGUCUUCUUGGUCUUGAGGAUCGGCCACGUUCUGCGCGCACAAAACAAAGAGUGAGACAUGUGAGUGCAGCCCUGUCAGCGGGAGAGUACGGUCUGCCACCCAAACUGGCGGCAAUGGCUAGUGCUCUCUCGGCCUUGCCUAAUGACCGCAUGCGAUACCAGCAGCUAAUGGCACUGGCUGGAAAGCUGAAAGCAAUGCCGGAUGACUUGAAGGUUCCCGAGAACAAGGUCCCAGGUUGCUUGAGCGUCGUGCAUGUCAGUGCAUCGCUGGAAGAAGAUGGUACCGUGACCUUUCAGGGCGACUCUGAUGCUUUGAUCUCCAAAGGCUUAGUGGCUCUCCUGGUGCUAUGUUUGAGCGGCUGCACGCCCCAGGAGAUUGCGAGUGUCAAGCCGGAAUUCAUCAAGGCCUCGGGUAUCUCUGCGGCAUUGACUCCGGGGCGGAACAACGGCUUCUUCAACAUGUUCAAGCUCAUGAACCAGAAAGUCGCGAUGCUGGCAAGUCCAAAGGAGGAGACGGAGGUCGAGGCGCUACAAAUCUAUAACACGCUCAGUCGGAAAAAGGAACUGUUCAAGACAUUGGAGCCUGGAGUGGUGAAGAUGUAUGUUUGUUUGGGUCUACAGACUGAGACCGACGACAUGUUUCAAUAUAAGCGUGGUGUCACAGUCUAUGAUCUUUGCCAUUUAGGCCACGCUCGAGUCAUGGUCUUCUUUGACAUCGUUGCCCGCUUUCUGAGGCACAGGGGCUACAAGGUCACUUUUGUCCGCAAUGUCACAGACAUUGAUGACAAAAUCAUCAAGAGAAGUCAAGAAGCCGGUGUAACGGCACAAGAUUUGGCAAGAAGGAUGGAGGAAGAGAUGGCACUGGACGCACAAAGCCUGGGUUGUACGCCGCCGGACUUUGAACCGAGGGUCUCCGAGUCCAUGGAGGAGAUCACAGAAAUGGUUGAUACGCUGGUGAAGGAAGACUUUGCAUAUGCCGGAAAGGGCGAUGUGUACUUCCGGGUGCGGCGCUUUGAGAGUUACGGACGCCUGUCCAGGUGUAGUUUGGACGGAAAUGAAGCCGGUGCCCGUGUGGAGGUCGCAGAUGUGAAGGAAGCACCUGAGGACUUUGUAUUGUGGAAAUCUGCAAAGCCUUCGGAACCAUCUUGGCCUUCGCCUUGGGGUCCUGGCCGGCCUGGGUGGCACAUCGAAUGCAGUGCCAUGGCCAAGAAGUACUUGGGCACAACCCUUGACAUCCACGGAGGUGGGCCAGAUUUGGUGUUCCCCCACCAUGAGAACGAGAUCGCGCAAAGUGAGGCUGCCAAUGGGGAGACCUACGUGAAGACAUGGAUGCAUUGCGCUGCUGUGCGCAGUACUGGCAACGAAAAGAUGUCUAAGUCUCUGGGCAACUUUGUCACCAUCCGGGACGUGCUGAAGAAGUACGACGGAGAGGUGGUUCGUUUCUAUCUCUUGAGUUCGCAGUACAGAAGGCCAAUGCUCUACUCAGAAGAGGCCUUAGCAGAGGCUCAGGACCGUCUCCUGAAGCUCUACAGCUCAUUGCGAGGAGCUGGCGGGUGUGAAAAACCUGCAGACUGCGAGCAAGCACAGCGGUUUGAGGCAGCCAUGGCCAACGAUUUUGACACGGUGAAUGCAGUGGCCGCUCUCAUAGACUUGUCCAAGGAGCUGCUACAGCUUCGGCAAGGUGACCACGGAGCAGAGUUCCAAGGCAAAGCAAGGCAGUUGCGCAAUUUGGGUGCUGUCCUGGGAAUCCUUCAGCGAAAUCCAGAGGAGGUGUGCAAAGGUCCAGUCGACGAUGGCUUCGAGGAGAAGGUUGAGAGCUUGAUCCAGGCCCGUGCUGAUGCACGGAAGGCCAAGGAUUUUGGGAAGGCUGACGCCAUCAGGGAAGAGCUCACCAGCAUGGGCGUCAUCAUCGAAGACGGGGCACAAGGAACCUCAUGGCGAGUGGCAUCCCUCGUGUGAGUCCGGCUGUAGCACAUGAAAUGCUGGCUCAGGUUGCAUAGUCUUGUUAUAUCUUGUUCUUGGUUUCUCCAUCUUGCGAUCUUAGGGCAUUGCAUCUUCGCAAUGUGAGAUAUCACGGGUUUGAUGGGAGGUAGUUUAAGAGGUUGGGAGGCUUGUCGCUUUGCGAGAAGAUGUGAGAGGUCGAAGGUAAGUACGAAAAGACAACCGAAAGUCUCGUUUCGACCAAGUGGGCCGUUUUCAGGGUUCUUUUUACUGAUCCUCGAGCUGCAAAGCGCUAGAUGCUUUUGGA